CGGGGGGCUGGUCAGCAGUGUGUGUGUGUGUAUGUGCUCUCAACGGAGCUGCAGAGGCAGGACUACUUAUGUCACAGAGUCACUGUUAUUAUGAGCCCACCAAUGACACCAGAGUGUGACAUGGGGGAGAUGCUGACCAGCUGAAGGGAUGAAUGAACGCAUGAAUGACUGACUACCUGCUCUGGGCUGCUGAAAUUUUAACCAGGGGUUUCUGGGCACUCUAUGCUGCUCGGGGAGAGGACCAGCACUGGGACGUAGUCAGGCUGUGGCUCUGUUGUGCUCCGAGCCUGGAGUGUGCCGUCAGAUGGAGGUCACCGAUCUGGAUCCGGACCCUCGGGCGGAGGGGUCUGAAGGAGAGGGUCCGUGCGUCCCGAGCAGUCCUGGGACAGAGCCUGUUGUGCUUGAGUAUCCUGUAGAGUAUGAUCCGUACGGGGAGAAGAUGCCGUUCCACCAUGUGACGGCAGGAUUGCUGUACAAGGGGAACUAUUUGAGUCGCUCACUGUCCGAACACAGCAAUAGUGAACAGCUCGCCAGCAUCUCUGUGGAGGAACUAGAUGAGAUCCGGGAGGCGUUCAGGGUCCUGGAUCGGGAUGGCAAUGGGUUCAUCUCCAAGCAGGAGCUUGGCAUGGCCAUGCGCUCACUAGGGUACAUGCCCAGUGAAGUGGAGCUGGCAAUCAUCAUGCAGAGAUUGGACAUGGAUGGUGAUGGACAGGUGGACUUUGAUGAGUUCAUGACGAUACUCGGACCGAAGCUCCUGUCCUCUGAAACACGGGAAGGUUUCCUUGGAAACACAAUCGACAGCAUAUUCUGGCAGUUUGACAUGCAGCGGAUAACACUGGAGGAGCUGAAACACAUCCUUUUUCAUGCCUUCCGGGACCACCUGACGAUGAAGGACAUCGAGAACAUCAUCAUCAAUGAGGAGGAGAGCUUGAACGAGAACUCGGGGAACUGUCAAACAGAGUUUGAGGGAGUUCAUCCCAAAAAGAAGAAUCGGCAGACGUGUGUGCGCAAGAGCCUGAUAUGCGCCUUCGCCAUGGCCUUCAUCAUCAGCGUCAUGCUCAUCGCGGCCAAUCAGAUGCUGCGCAAUGGCAUGGAGUAGCGACACCACUGUGAGCGGGGCGGAGCCUGCAUGUGCAUGUCUGUGGAUGAAGUUGUCGAACCUCGAGAAACAAAACCAAACACCUCACUACUGAAAAGAGGAGCUUUUUAUUCUUUUUUUAUUUGUAUUCUACCAUUACUUUUCCACGCGGACCAAGCGACACAGGAUGUGUAGAGGCGAGCCAAGCCAGCAUGUUACACGGGGCCUCAUCUCUCAGGCAGGGACUUUAAAGGGCUGACUUUCUGCUUUUCGUGCCACCUCUGUUCCCUAAUGCAAUAACACGCAGGAGUUCAUAAGCCGUCGCCGUCUCCUCCGUGGCUUCAGAUAUUUCAGCAGGGAUUCGCUGAUGAGCUUCUGCUAGGUUCGGGCCUGCUGUCGAUGUAGGAAGGCAAAAGUAAUUGGCAACUCAUUACACCUUUGUGGAGGGAGAGUUACAGCAUCCACCCCGGAGACUAUUUAUGUCUGCUCUUGCCAGAGUGCUUUUCUGGCUUGGGGGAUGGUGGGAGGCCGGGGAAGGAGCGCUUGUUGUAGUCCAUAAUUAAAUCCAUAGUCGUCAGCUCCAAAAAUCCAUGAGCCUGACUCAUAGUUUUCAUCAAUUCGAAUGUUUUCUGCUAUUCGAUUGUGCGAUCUUCCUGUGUCUAAUGCUUUUCCUGAAGUGGUUUGUAAUGAGCACGCCCACGCAAAAUGUUGAAACACAACAGAAAGUUGUGCAGAUUUCCACAGAAUUAGAACUGCUGUCAUUCAUAAGUUCUAUUUCCAUGUUUGUUCCAACAGUUGUUUUUGUUCAAACUGGUACAGCAUGGCAAAACAGGUUUAAUUCCCAGGAAAUGCAUGUAUAUCUUGAAUGCAUUGUAGGUUGCUUUGGGUAAAAUUAUCUACCAUAUAGAAUGCAGCAGUUGUGACGUCAAAACCCAGAAGACUAAGUGGAUGAACUUGACAAUCGCCAUUUUGGAUUUUGGCAUUUGCUUGUACGGUGGCUCUGAAUUGUCAAAACACCUCUCAAAUUGCUUGCUAUGGAUGCGAAAAACACAGAAAAUCGAACCCGAUCUGAAUUUUUUUAUGACGAACGAAAGUUUCAGAGGCAGUGUUUAAACGUGAUGGUCGUGAGGUCGUAUUUAUUUUUCAACGUGCAAAAAUUUUGAACGAAAAUUUCAGACUCGGUGUGCAAUGGCCUUAAUUCACCAUGGGUUCCCUCAAGAUUUUCCUAUGGGUUUUUAUAACGGGGUUUUUCAAUUUAUGAGUAAAACAAGACCUGUGGUUAAUUUAAAUUGAUGAUACUUGGACAUUUUGAUCAACAACAUAAAUUAUACACAUCCAUAAUGAAAACAUGACUUUGAAGCAGUUAUUUAAAAAAAAAAACAUUUGUAAUAAGUAACUACAUAGUAACUACAUACAAAGAAUGUUUUGGGUGUGGGCGUGUGCAGUUCAUGUUAUACAACAAAAUGCCAAGUUUCAUUUACCACAGACCUUAUUUUACUCAUUAAUUGAAAAACCUAAUUUAAAAAUCAAAACACAACAAUGAAACCUAUGGCGAAUUAGUCUUCUACGUUUUGACGUCACAGCUGCAGCACUUUCUACAUUCAUUUUUUUAUGUUUUUGCAAUGACAUUUAAAUGAUGGUAAACACAUUAAUGUACAUGUAAUUUUUCUUAAGCAGUAUUUUUGUUAAUUUUCCAAUGAAAAUAUCUAAACAUUCUCCAAACAAGACUUACUUUGCAAAAUUACAUAAAAUGUUAGGAAUUAUACUUCACAAUUGUGUGACCUUUUAAAAUGACAAAUUGCACUUUUGCUUCUGAAUUAUUUUAAGUUUUAGAUGAUGGAAAAUGACAAAAAAAUACUGAUAAAAAUGAUUAAAAGAAGAUAUAUCUACUUGAGAGGAUAAAUUUGAACAUUUAAAACAUUUAUAUUUUAAGUACUGUAAUUGUAUAGCCUAUAUUAUAGCCUAUAAUGAAUUCAUUAUAUUGUUAUAUAAGUAAUAUAUAACUUAAUAAUUAUUCAUAUUUAUAAACUUAUAAACAAGAUACAUAUCUUCUCUGGUAAAUGUAUCUUGUUUUCCAUCAGAAAUAUUUAAACACUCUUAAGACAAGACAAUAUACUGCUGAGAUUUUAUUCUAAAAAUAUCUAUAGGUUCCAUCUGGGCCUAAUGAGUGAAGAACAAGACAUUUUACUUCGGUUUUGCAGUACUUCAAGGGGCUUAAUGGUACUUUAUGGCCAGUUAUCAGUGUUUUUAAGGGUUAUACCUGUUGAGAUGCACGUUUUCAGCAUUUCUGAAAGGUUUAUGAUGGCGCUCAGAUUCAUGUUAGUGGAUGAGCUUGGGUUGUUUUGCAUUGCUUUACUCCCCCCAACCUGCUAGAAAAAUCUUUGAUACUUUUAUUACACCAACCUCCCUUUUUGAGCUGCAUUGAAGAUGCCCAUCACUUUACCAUGAGCCACAGUCAUGUUUAUGGUUAUGUGUAUGGUGCAUGUUCAUAUUGCAUUUCAUUCUCUGUCUGUAUUAAAGCCACCGUAGCACUGCAUUGUUGAUGUUUCAAUAGAUGUAUGUAAUGAAGAUACUUCACAUCUUCAAUAUAGGGAUUGUAAAAAGGAAAAGAAUGAUAUCGGAUGAUUGUAUCUUUCACUUAGGUGCAAUGGCUAAAACUCUGUGCCUGAUGCAUUUCUUCUCUUAGUGUUUCAUGAAUGUCUCCUCUGGACACCUGUAGAAAACGCACUGGCAUAUAUGUUCUCCACCAUGUUUCCUGAGGUCUGCUUCUACUUAAUUAUGCAUGUGAAUGAGCAGAACUUUGUAAAUAGAGCUUUACAUGUGUGUUUUCUGUUCGUGCAUGAUAGUUUAAAGCAGUACAUUCUGCACAGAUCGUGUCAGGGCUACUGAGGGGGCGGCUGAAAUCAAUACGCGUCCGCCAGCUCUCCGUUCUCCCCCGAGACCCCUGACUAAAGCCAUAUUUGUCUGCACAGGUGUACUUUAGAGAAUAAAGGUGCAUACACUGAAAUUAUAAAGGUAUAAUGUUAGUCCAACCCCUUUUUCUCACUCAAAUGUUGAUCCAUGUGCGGUUGGAGCGAAUGGAUGGUUCAUUCUGGUACAACGGCGACACUUAGUGGUGGAUGUGAUUACUUCAUUCACUGUGUUUGUCCUCAUAUUGUCCUUGUCUGAUCUAGAAUGUAACAUUAGCUUGUAGCAUUCAACUAAAGAUCUGGAUGGGUUGAUAAAAUAAUAUAUGCUACGUGUUUAGAUGAUUUUGAUCUCCACAAUUGUGUGGUGAAUGUAAAAAAAUUAAACAUUACCUAUAUUUUGGGGUUGGGUGUGAUUUGAGGAAUGAAGGAAUGUUAUACCAAUAUACGCAGUCAAUUAUUUCAGAUUUUGUCAUUAUUUAAAAUCAAUAUUGUAAAAUGGCCUUUUAAGAUAAUAAUGUUGUGAACAAAAUAUCCCAUGGAAUCAGACUGAACAGUGUAUAAAUUGGUUCUGUAUUUAAAGUGGGUUGUAUUUCAAAUGAGGACUUUAGGGUUUGGAAAACAAGGGUGAUGUGGUGGUACAGUUGGCUACAUUAUAUUUAAUUGUAAAAAAAAAAAAAAAAAAUGUAAAUAGCCAUAUUUACAAUUAUUCACUUAAUGAUAGAUCUGUACACUUUGCAUGCAGAAUAUUUAGCUAUGUAGUUGAGACUAGCUUGUUACAAAAUGCCCCAUAGAUGAUUUUAAUAUACAUAUUCAAAUAUGUACAGGACAAAUGCAUAGAGUUUAUGCAA